UCGGCAGGCAUACGCAGAAAUAACUUCUCUCGUACAGCGAAACGAGCAAAGGACUACUACGACUCCAAGCGAUAAUUGGAUUGUACUUGAGACCACACACUUGAACUGGAUUGUAUAAUUUCGGACCCUUUUCUGGAGACUUGUGGAUUACUAUUACUUGAAAGCAAAAUGACCCUGGAAGAAGUCGUUGGAUGCAAUAUUACUGAUAAAAAAAUGGACACCGUGAGCCAAGCAUUAGAGGAGCUGCUGGUAGCAGCACAGAGACAAGACUGUCUCACAGUCGGCGUUUACGAAUCUGCAAAACUAAUGAAUGUAGAUCCUGAUUGUGUCGUACUGUGCGUUCUGGCCACCGAUGAGGAGGACCAGGAUGAUAUUGCGCUGCAGAUUCACUUUACGCUUCUUCAGGCGUUCUGCUGCGACAACGAUAUCAACAUCCUGCGGGUGUCUGGUCUGAGACGCCUUGCGCAGGUGCUCGGCGAGCCAACUGACGUAGAUAACAGCGAGCCGAGAGACUUCCACUGCAUCCUAGUCACUAAUUCUCAAUGCCAACCAUUGAAAUGCCAGGCACUGAAAGACGUGAGUAACUACUGCGUAGAGAGCCGUUGCAAAAACCAAUGGAUCCCAUAUCUGUCCCUGCAAGAACGCUGAAUUACUCGCACUGCUGUUUCUGCAAUGAAAGGUUGAUCGUCAUUCUCUGCGAAUGAAAGCAGAAGAGCUCUGCACGAGCCGCCGUUGACUGCUGCGUCAUGUAAAGGGGCUGAAAGAGAGAGUGGAACUAUUGGAACUGUGUGCACGGUACAUUCCACUCUGCUCCUGCAGCUUAUCGUGUCCUCGGUAGGGGAAAAGUGGUCGUCUUGGUAGCGGAGGAAAAGAGUUGUUGGAACAUGAACUGUGGAAGGCUGCCCGUCGGUACGAGCCGUGAUGGGAGAACUUGCAGGCGGGCGGCGUGGGCGGGUACGCCCACCAGUUUCAUAUGUGCAAUGGGUUGGAAAGGCGGUGUGCGUCAGCGUAGAAAUCUACCCUUGGUUCACUAUUGCUGACUGCAGGACUAACGCAUUUUGGAACGCUGAAUAAAUAUUCAGUUUAUGUGAACAUUAGUAACUAUGAACUGUGUAGCUAUAUGGACUGCAAUUUCUUCUGUUUGACUGCACUGAAGUACAGUGUUAUGGAAAAAUUACAUUUUUGAAUUUUGAUGUUUGUUUGUUAUAUUGACAUGCAUACUAUGAAUUGAUGUAAGUUAUUUCCAGUAAUUUAAAUAUAGUAAUAUAUGCAUUUCUGAUCUUGUCAAAUGCAAUAUUUUUCAAUAAAUUAUUGAAUGAGAA